AACAACCCACCCCUCUCUCCGCUGAGCCAUCCGUCGUGAUGGUCAGUAGCUUUGAAGUGAGCACAGCAGCUGCAAACGUGGUGCGGUCAGCGGAAAAGAAAGAACGAACAAAGCAAAAACCGCGCAAGAAAAUAAUAAUCGUCCUUUCGUGCGCUUCGUCUUGCAUUUCUCCUCAUUUCGUUCGCAAUCGCUCGAGCGGACGGUCGCCAAAAGAAAAACGCUCUCGUCGUCUUGUGCCGGUCGGUCGGUCGUGACUCAAAACGCGUGCGGCGCAUUUACCUCCUAGUAGCCGCGAGGAAGAAGAUUUCUUGUGCUUGUGCGAUUUUUUCGGGAAGACGUGAUUGACGGACGAUUCCGGGUCGAGUGUGAAGAAAUUUAAUGUGCUAAUAUACUACUCCAUGGACUGUUGUGCUCUUCAUUUGACUGUUUGUGAAUACUGAAUCGGACUGCUGUUUGUUCAAGUGCCGGAAGGUUGAUUCGUUGGCGACGUAGCAGAUUUUCCAACGAGAUCCAUCCCGUACACCAACGCUCCAACUGCCCGGAUCAAACUAGAAUCAACAGGUGGUGUUGAUCCUAUCCUAUUCGCAUCGAUCUGCCGUCGAUUGCGGCACGCUCUCCACUCAGUCAGCAGUCUCGAUGCGUGCCAGUACGGCGAAUCCAGUUUCAUUUCAAGUGCGAUAAAAGCCAGUGCAGUAGUGAAGUGCAGUAUUUGUAGAGUGCCCCCCGAAAAUGGUGUUGAAACAGCGGGGGCCGGCCAUCGAGCUGCACUCCCCGACGGAGGACGUGCUAGUCAGCCCGGGCGGCGAAAGUUUACCACCGAUCGAGAAUGGAGCGACCAGCGGAUCGGGGACGGUUGCUAGCGGAGGAGACGAGCGGGUCAAAAUGAAGAAAGAGCUGGGUCUGCUGGAGGGAGUGGCCAUCAUCUUGGGUAUUAUCUUCGGGUCGGGAAUUUUCAUCUCGCCGAAGGGAGUGCUGCAGGAGGUUGGCGCCGUGGGCACUUCGCUGGUCAUCUGGGUGACGUGCGGAUUGCUGUCGAUGAUUGGGGCGCUGUGCUACGCUGAGCUGGGCACAGCGAUACCGAAGUCCGGUGGCGAUUAUGCGUACAUUUAUGAGGCCUAUGGUCCACUGCCAGCGUUCCUGUACCUCUGGGAUGCGACGGUGAUCUUUGUACCAAGCACAAACGCCAUCAUGGGACUUACCUUCGCCAGCUAUGUGUUCCAGCCGCUGUUUGCCGCCGGGUGUUCCGUUCCCACGAUCGGGCUGCAGCUGUUUGCCGCCGUGACGAUAUGUGCCCUGACCUACAUCAAUGCGUACGACGUUCGGGUCACCACCAAGAUGCAAAAUGUGUUCAUGUUCACCAAAAUCGGAGCCCUGGUGCUGGUUAUCAUCGUCGGUGUGGUGUGGAUGUCGCUCGGCGGCACGGAAAACUUUGAAAAUGCUUUCGAGAACACCGAAACGGAUCCGGGAAAGCUGGCGGUGGCGUUCUAUUCCGGUAUCUUUUCGUACGCUGGAUGGAAUUAUCUGAACUUCAUGACGGAGGAACUGCGAGACCCCUACAAAAAUCUGCCCAGGGCGAUCUACAUCUCUCUUCCGUUGGUCACCGGUAUCUAUGUGUUAGCAAAUAUGGCCUACGUUGCAGUUCUGUCACCGCAGCAGAUUCUCUCCUCGGAUGCUAUCGCCGUGACAUUCGCCCAAAAAGCUAUGGGCUGGGGCGCCUUCGUCAUGCCCAUCCUGGUUGCCAUCUCGGCUUUCGGUGGUCUAUCGGUGCACAUCAUGACUUCGUCGCGAAUGUGCUUCGUCGGCGCUCGCAACGGCCACAUGCCGGAGAUCCUGUCCCAUAUCAACGUCAACCGAUACACGCCGAUGCCGUCGCUGGUGUUCCUCUGUCUCCUCUCGUUGCUGUACCUGUUCAUCAGCGACGUGUACGUCCUGAUCACCUACAGCAGCAUAGUGGAAUCGUUCUUCAUCAUGCUCUCCGUAAGUGCGGUGUUGUACUUCCGGUACACCCGACCGGACAUCAACCGACCCAUCAAGGUUCAGCUGUGGGUCCCCACACUGUUUGUCAUCAUUUGUGCGUUCCUCAUCGUAGUCCCGUGCUACGUGGCACCGUACGAAGUGGGCAUGGGUGUCCUACUGACGCUGGCCGGUAUUCCCGUGUACUACAUCGGGGUGGCGUGGAAGAACAAGCCGGCAUCAUUUGAGAACGUGCUCCGCCGGGCGACGCAAUUCUGCCAGAAGAUGUUCAUGACGGCCAAAGAGGAGAACGGAGACGACGAAGGAUGAAAAAGCGGGAGCAACGAUUCCGGUAAUGUACAGCCUAGUGUUUUAGAAGACAGUGCAGACGCAAAGUGAUAGUAGUUUUGACUCUUUUUUAAUUAGUUAACGUGACCAGACGAAAUUUUUAUUCUCGGACGAAAUUUUGAAUCUCGAAACUUUUUUAUUAGAUCUGAUUUCAAUAUUUGACCAAAACUUUAUAACAGUGCCAAAUAAGUUUGGAGUUUAUUUUGGACCCCACACUCCUCAACAAUUUCCUUUUUGUGUUGCGAUAUAAUCGCCGUCCCCAUUAGUCAAAAUUCAAAUUUUUUUUUAUGUUUAUUCACUAGUGCGUCCAGUUCCAGUACUUACGUAAUAAGACGAAAAAAAUAAAAUAAAAUAAAUGUACGUUAUAAUCUCCAUUGCAUUUCGUGUAAGAGUCUUCACAAUUGUGCAUAUCAAGGAAGAGGUGCCCGUUUUGGGAAAUCUUUUUCUUGCUGUGCGUCAGACCGGAUACUGAGAUACCGGUUCAGCAUGAUACUUCUUCAUAAGAAGUAAAAGAAGACAUAUUUUCAACUAAUCCUAACAAAAACACCAGUGUGGUUUCACAAUAAAACAACGCUUUUGAGCUUUUUUCCUACAGACGACGAACAUCACCGAUCAAUUUGAAUCUCAUGCUUGGGUUUUUCUCAGACUGGUUCCUAUGAAAGCUAAACAUCUCAUUAUCAAGAAAAGGAAAGACAAAAGUUAAGACUAUACAUACAGAAAUCCCCAAACAAUAAGACCCGCUCGAAGUUAGGUGUAUAGAAGGAAGCCUUUGAAAUUGGCACCCAAGUGCAGCAGUGUUUGAAGGAUUGAAUAGUAACAUAAGAGAUUGAACUUAGGUUAAGUUUGAACAGCAAUGCCGACAAAUACCCAUAACGAUAAUAAAAUAUGCAAGAUUUUUUGUUAAA